UACACGAACAGUGACGCCAACACUGACUAAAUGUAUGGUGUCCUGGCUUAGCUGAACUUUAGUCAAGUUGAGUGAAGCGAACUUUCAAUGUGCAGCACAUUUAGAGGACUUUUCGAGAUGUUUAAUUCGCGGCCAAAUUCAAUCCAGGGGUUUUCCUGACUCUCGUCCCGCCGGUGAAGUCUCAUUUCUGGGCUGAAGUCCCACCCAUCUCCGUGCCUGCUGCGGUGAACCUGGAAGAGCAACGCCACCUUGUGACGUGCAUUCAACAUGACAGGGGUUUGCGGUUGUUGUGGGGCGCUGCGGCCUCGGUACAAGAGAUUGGUAGACAACAUCUUUCCAGAAGACCCAGAGGAUGGUCUGGUGAAAGCCAACAUGGAAAAGCUGACAUUCUACGCCCUGUCAGCUCCGGAGAAGCUGGACCGUAUCGGAGCUUACCUGUCUGAGAGACUGUCGAGGGACGUAGCCCGACACAGAUACGGGUAUGUGUGCAUAGCCAUGGAAGCCCUCGACCAGCUGCUGAUGGCCUGUCACUGUCAGAGCAUCAACCUAUUUGUGGAGAGUUUCCUCAAGAUGGUGCGCAAACUGCUGGAAUCAGACAAACCCAGCCUGCAGAUUUUGGGAACCAACUCUUUUGUGAAGUUUGCCAACAUAGAGGAGGAUACGCCUUCCUACCACCGCAGCUAUGACUUCUUUGUGUCACGCUUCAGUGAGAUGUGCCACUCCAGCUAUGAGGACCCUGACAUCCGUACAAAGAUCCGCAUGGCAGGUAUCAAGGGUCUGCAGGGUGUGGUGAGGAAGACGGUGAAUGAUGAGCUUCAGGCCAACAUCUGGGAUCCUCAGCACAUGGACAAGAUCGUCCCCUCGCUGCUUUUCAAUCUACAGAGUGGAGAACGAACAGAGAGCCGCUCCCCGUCUCCGCUGCAGGCGUCGGAGAAGGAGAAGGAAAGCCCGGUGGAGCUGACGGAGCGCUGCUUCAGGGAGCUGCUGGGACGAGCCGCCUAUGGAAACAUCAAGAACGCCGUCACACCCGUGCUGAUGCACUUAGAUAACCACUCUCUAUGGGAGGGGAAGACCUUUGCAGUGCGUUGCUUCAAAAUCAUUAUGUACUCCAUCCAGUCCCAGCACUCUCACCUGGUAAUCCAGCAGCUCCUCGGUCACCUGGAUGCUAACAGCAAGAAUUCAGCCACGGUGAGAGCUGGCAUAGUAGAAGUGCUGCUGGAGGCAGCUGCCAUCGCAGCCAGCGGCUCUGUAGGUCCUACAGUGCUGGAGGUGUUUAACACUCUGCUGCGGCAGCUCCGUCUGAGCGUCGACUACGAGCUGACUGGCUCGUAUGAUGGUAGCACCAGCAUCGGCACCAAGAUCAUCAAAGCCCACGAGGAGAGGCAGCUGCAGGAGGCCGUCAUCAGGACCAUCGGCUCAUUUGCAAACACUCUUCCAACGUACCAGAGAUCAGAGGUGAUGCUCUUCAUCAUGGGUAAGAUCCCUGUGCCCGGGGUUCACCCAGCUCUGCCCUCUACAGGCUCUGGGCCCGAAGGCACAAGAAUGAUCCAGAUUAUGUUACUGAAGUCCUUGGUCCAGGUGACAGCAGGUUACCAAACCACCAACAUGCUGACAGCCCUGCCGAGCUCCUUCCUCGAACCACUGCUGUCCUUCUCCCUCACGGAGGAUCCUGAGGUCCGUCUGCUGGUCCUCCAGAUACUCCUCAGUCUGAUCGACAGACACGAGAACACGCCCAAGUUCUCCAACAUCAGCAUCAUCUCGGACAUCUCUGUGCUCAAACUCAAAGUGGACAAAUGUUCCCGGCAGGACAACUUGUUCAUGAAAAAGCAUGGCCAGCAGCUGUACCGACACAUUUAUCUGGGAUGUAAGGAGCAGAGCAGCGGCCGGCGCCACUACGAGACCCUCUUCACUCUACUGGCUCUUCUCAGCGUGGAGCUCGCCAAUGAAGAGGUGGUGGUGGACCUCAUUCGCCUUGCACUCGCCUUGCAGGAUCUGGCACUCUCCACAGACGAGGCUCUGCCUGUUUAUAACCGCUGUGCUGUUCACGCUCUCGCCGCCGCCUACCUCAACCUCAUCUGCCAGCUCACCACCGUGCCAGCCUUCUGCCAGCACAUACACGAGGUUAUCGAGGUGAGACAGAAAGAAAGUCCCCAUCUGUUGCCUGAGGAUGUCUUCGUUGAUAAUCCAAAGCUGCCUUCUUCUCUAGAGAAGGUAGAAGGGGAUGUUUUGUUUCUCCAAUCAAAGAUCACUGAGGUCCUCGGAGGCAGCGGCUAUAACACAGACAGACUGGCUACGCCUUAUGUCCCUCAGUUUACUGAUGAGGACCGGCUGUCCAAGAGGAAGAGUAUCGGGGAGACUAUAUCACUUCAGGUGGAGGUGGAGUCCAGAAACAGUCCAGAAAAAGAGGAGCGCACCCCUGCAGAGGAGAUCACAUUUGAAACCCUGAAAAAUGCCAUCGUGGACAGUGUGGGUAUGGAGGAGCAGGAGAGGGAGCGGAGGAGACAGGUGGUGGAGAAGUUUCAGAAGGCCCCCUUCGAGGAGAUAGCUGCCCACUGCGGUGCCAGGGCUACACUACUGCAGAGCAAACUCAAUCAGAUCUUUGAGAUUACAAUCAGACCCCCACCCAGCCCGUCUGGAACCAUUUCAUCAGGUUACGGCCAAAACCAGAGUCGAUCUGUUCCCAUCUACGAGAUGAAGUUUCCUGAUCUUUGUGUGUACUAAAUCAGAAAAUGCACCUCGAACUCUCUGAGGUGUUCAUCAUUCCAGGACAGGAAAGGGAUUCUGGACUAAGGGGGGCAUCAUUUCUCAAUGUAAAUUCAUCACGGUCAUGAAAUGACUCAACAGCAGUGGUUUGAAGCAGACUGAAGAGCAAGAUUAACUCAGCAGAAUAAAAUAAGAAAUCUCGUGAAUGCAGCCCAAAAAGCAGGCAAACCUAAAAAAAACACAGUAGUCAAAAUUUUAUGUAUUUAAAUUAAAAGAUGUCUGUGGAAACUCCACUGGUUGGAUUUUGAAAUUAAAAGUUGCCAACAACUGUGAGGACAGAAAUAAGUGAAAACUGGACGUUAGUAUUUUGGCUUCUUAGUGAAAUGCCCUGUAACUGAAAAUUUUGCUAACACUGCAACAUUCUUUUUCUUUUUGGACCCCAACAGGUUGCCAUAAUACCCUUAAUGACUAAAUAUGAUUGUCCAAUCCUGCUUAUUUAUCUUUCUUCUUUUUCUUUUUUUUUACUUUGUUUUCAUGUUUGUUGAUUUUACAACCAGGGAGAGUGUGUGUGAAUUUUAAUGAUAGUGUUUUAAUGUAUAUUUGAUUGAAAUACUGAAUGAUAUAUUUAAGUAAGAGGCUAUUCCUUUCCUUUUUCCAUGUUACUAAGCUUGAGGAAAUAUUAUUUUUAGCGAUUUUAAUGCUUUUUCUAUUUUGCCUUUUUAGCAUUAGCCAAAAGUGCUUUUUUGUUUAUGGUGGACAUUUAUUUCUUGCACCUACUUAUUUUUUAAAAGUAUUUAUUGUUUUCCUGCCGCUAUUUCAAUGAGGGAUAACCGUCAAUCUGUGUGCUAUCCUCCCAAAGUGAGUGUGCCUUACAGGUGACUCAAGACAGAAACGCACACUGCUCCACAAUCACAGCUACACUAAACUUCAUAAGUGUUUACCAUUAUGUUUACCAGAAACACUAGGAGAUGAUUAUUAUUAGUCUUUAUUUUUCUCCUUUCCAUAUAAAUGUGUAUAUACAGAGAAUUAUAUAAAUCUUUAAGCUGAUGUACAGCAGAGUCAGUUUUGUGUAUAUAUAUAUCCUGUAUAUGAACUCUAAUUUUAGACUGCUACUGCACUGAUUGUGUCCAUAGACAAGGGAGAGAGCUACUUAGUUAUUAUUCAGAUGUAAAAUUGUAUCAAAAAGUAACUCAAAAAGUUGAAUUCUCAAGUCUGAACAGUUCACAGCAGAUAUCUGCAUCAUCUCGAGGCCAUUAGAUAACACUAGUGAAGUCUGCUCUUUUAAUUAAUCCAUAUUCCUAGAAACAGCAACAUAGACACAUCCUUCAUUGUUGACAUUACACUUUCAGUCCUGCUGCAAAAACUUUGCACUAUUUUAACUCCAUACUGCUUCUGCCGCAGCCUCAGAGCAGAGUCUCAUUCAGAGAGAUGUAAUUGAGUCUAAAAGCCAUUUAGUGUGCAUGGAUGCACACGCAGGUAAAGAAACAAAGUAUAAUGGCAAUAAUUUGGCACUAGCCUGGCUAAUACGGCCCAACCGUUGGUAGCAGAUGCUUAUGUGUCUUUGAAAUUGUACCUUGUGUACUGUGACAGUUAAUUUUUGUGAAGUUGUGAGAAGUGGCCCCUCCUUCUUCGCUCUGUGCUGCUGUGAAAAAAACUGCAUUUGGUGUGAAAAGUGUUACAAACAUCUUGUUUGAUGUUAAAAGUCUGCCUGGUUUGUCCUCAAUGUGUUACAGUCCAGUUUAUUUUAUUUUUACAAUGCGGUCCCACCUGUUUGCAUAUUUGUGUCCAGAGUAUCAAAUUGUCUCUUCAUGUUUACCCCUGUUGUCAGUGCAGGUGUGUAUGGCUGAGUAUACUUAUUCAUGUGUCUGUGAUAAAUCUGUAUCAUCAUUAUUCAUGACCAAACUCUACAAACACAGUUUACAGUUUUUUGUGCGACCACAGAAGUAAAGAGCGAGUUAUCUCAAAGUAACGUGCAGCUGUCUAAACCUUCCAGUGACACCUUGUAUGUACAACUGUCUUUUUCAGCAUCUUCUUCGCGAUGAUGACCUGUAAAAUCUACCAGUGUGCUCGUCCUCAUUGCAUAGUGUAAUGUAAUAUUAACUGACGGUAAUCCAGUCUUACUUUUGCCAUUACAUGUCUGGUUAAUAGAUCUGUUUACAAAGUAGUGCUGUAGGUCAAAUCUAUUCAUUCUGUGAACUUUGCACUUUACAAACUGGAUUACCUAGUGACAAAGGCAGCUUUUACAUGGAGAAAAUGCCUUAUGAGUGUCAUACCUGACUUUGCAUGCUAGUGAUGUUGAUGUGUUGUACAAUAAAGUUGUCUGUAACCAUAA